AUGACAAUGGAGGAGUCGGCACAGAUUGCUGCAGAGUACAUCGCCAGUCUGGACAACCUUCCUAACGAGGUUAAAUUUAUUCUAAACGAGAUCAAGCUGAAGGAUACACAGCUGCAAUCCACAAUAGGCCGUAUCCAGUCCCGCGAAGUAAACCUGUUCAAGAACACGAGGAACAACAAGCCCCCCAUAAACUAUGCGGACGAGAAUGUGACCACGAGAGAAAUUGAGGACCUUUUCCAAAAAGCGCGGAAGUUGUCGGAUGAAAAUGUUGAAUUGGCACGGAGACUCAAGCGCCUCAUCCACAAGGCCAAGGGACGCCUAGCGGCCGACAUGAAGAAGAUCACCAAGUUGACCGGGGAACCGAUUGCAGAGGACCUCACGCCGUCCGCUACACGAGGAGUUGAUAAAAUUGCCGAAGGGUUGCGGCAAGCGUUGGCAACACCGAGCUCGGCGUCGCCGGCGGCGAGCGGACCUGCGCAAAAGAAGCGGCGCUUAACCAGUAGUCAAGUGGAGAAGGUUGUGCUCAGUCUCCCCCUCGGGAGAUCAAGGCUGUCCCAAGUGCAACCCUCACCGCUAAGGAAAAGCACGACGGUACGCUCGCCAGAUGCGUCGGAGGAGGAGGCAGAAGAGGGCGAGGAGGAAGACGAGAGCGAUGACAACAUCUACUGUUUUUGCCAGAAGAAGUCUUUCGGCGAGAUGAUUGGCUGCGACAACGAACAGUGCCGAUACCAAUGGUUCCACCUGGAAUGUGUAGGAUUGAAACCCCCACUGCCCGACAGCUGGUACUGUUCCGAUUGCAUAAAGAAGGGUUUUGGAAGUGCAGGCGAGAAACGAAAAGGCCGGAAGGUGAAAUAA